CUAACCUCUUGCAUCCCCAACAUGCUCUUUCUUCCAUUGUUAUUCAUCAGCCAUGUCUUCUCAAGAGUGUCCGCUCUACCCAGGCACGAGAGGUCACUCCUUGCCCACCAGGCUGUGGCGGAUGGUCUACCUGGAGCAUCUGUCCAGUCGAAUCAUUUGAAGACCCUCAAAGGGCGGUCAGUCAGAAUGGACGAGACAAUUGCUUCCUACACACAGCAGGGCCUUUGCUUUCAUUACUUUGCUGAAAGACCUUCGUGGUAUCCGGACCCAUGCACCGAGUAUUGCAAAAACAAUGGCGGGCAUGGAUACGAUGGUGUAAGUCCAACUCUACCACAUAGUUUCAUAAUCUUCCACAUACCAGGUCUAAUCAACCACGCANNGUGCGACGCUAGCUCAUACGCAAACAUCGAUAUCGAGAACGGUGAUCAGAGCAUCAUCGAGACCGACGACAAUGGUUUCCGCUGGGUCCCGGCCCCUUGCGAAUGUUCAAAUCCCGAAGUCGAGGAAGUAGCCACGGGCAUUUUUGACGCCGUGGCUCAAGGUCUUGAAAAAAUUGACAACCUCAUCUGUGCGGUGUGGGUAGAGGCUUUCAAAGAUAUCUUGGAAGUCGGUAUCAACUUCAUACCCGGUGGCGAGGUCUUGACUGUCGCGGGCCGCGCAGUUCAAGGCGCCAAAACAUUCGCCGAGAAUGGCCUCGAAGCUGCAGACUUCUUUGACAACUGGGUCGGUGAUGCUUGCGGUCUUCCAGAUUGGAAUUUCGACUUGUGGACAGCUUUGCUUGGUGGACCAGAUUCACUGGGUACAAGUGUUGGCUGCCUCAGAAAGAACAAGUCCAAAUGCAAGAGGCAGGAUCCAGUUCCUGACCCGCCGAAGAAAUCACAUGUGGAAAAGCCAGAACCGACAGCCAAGACAACUGCACCUAUAUCAGAGAGCAAUGCUGGCUCUUCUUUUGACUCAAGCGCUGCACCAUCCACUCCGCCGCCGACCUCGGCACCUGUCUCGGAGGGUGAUGCUGGCUCUACCAUUGAUUCGAGUGUUGCACCCUCCACCCCACCACCGACCUCUGCACCCACAAGCGCUCCAAGUCCCAGCACCACAUCAGGCCCUAGCUCUUCUACCAAUGCGUGUCCGAAUGGAAAGCGUGCAGGCCUGAAACGUAAAUCAAACACUAUCAUAUCGACCGAGUGCAACCAAGGGGUAGUCACCACCCACAACUACAUCAUUACUUCCCUCGCAUAUCAAGCAAAUGCCCCGGCUCUCCAGAUAAAAGCAACCUGUAGUGCAAAAUGGUCUCAAGCCUGCUAUCAUUAUAGCUCGGUCAUUAGGGAGAACCCGAGUUUCUCAACCUUGAAAUGUCCACCAGAAGCAGCCACACCCAGCAAGCUUCGCAACGCGGCAAACGCACCUGCAGCAACAAAGUCUUGGGCUGCAGAUCACACAGGAGGCUUCGUCAAAACACUCGGGGCGAAUGCUCGGGACGAGGAGUGGAAGAACGUGAAGUACAGAGACNNGAAGAGCUUUGCGACAUGGACGAAUAUCCACCAGCGUAUCUAUUGGCACCAGCUAGCUGGUCGGGACAAAGAUGCGCAGGUGAUGCGUUGGUUGCCUCACAGUGAUAACACAGGCGCAGGCAGUAUGUGGAAAGGCUCCUGCUUCUGGCCACCACUCAAGAAGUUACCUGAGCAGCAAAUCGUUGACAUGGCCAAUGACAAUAGGAAGAACUUUGGUCGCCAAGUAAAUGUCGUCAAAGCUACACAGACCAUCUAUAGAGUUGGAAUCACGGUAGCUCAGCGGCCUGAGUUUACCAUUGCUCAGUGGAAUCAUGCUGGUAUCGCCCUCUCCCAAGACGAUGGUCUUAGUCAGAACCCUUGCUGGCCACAAGACAUCGCGCCGCUGGAUCCGGGCUUCACACUCCUGGAAGUCGAUCGCUACUACGACAACAGAGUUAUACCUUACGAUUACAAGAAGGACUAUGUUCCUGGCGUCAAUGGGUACGAUCCGAUCACACAAAAGUGGUAG